CAAGAGACUAUGGCGGAUCCUCGCAUCAGGCAGAUCAAGAUCAAAACCCAUGUGGUGAAGCAAUUGAUCAAAGAAAAAGUGAUGUAUGAAAAAGAAGCUAAACAACAAGAAGAAAAGGUUGAAAAAAUGAGAGCUGAAGAUGGUGAAAAUUAUGCCAUUAAAAAGCAGGCAGAGAUCCUACAAGAGUCCCGGAUGAUGAACCCAGAUUGCCAGCGCAGGUUGGAAGCUGCAUACACCGAUCUUCUGCAGUUAUUAGAAAGUGAAAAUGACUUGGAAGAAGCUGAGGAAUAUUCAGUACUGGAUUCAGUGAAGUUAGAAGCCUGA